CACAAAUCAUCAAGGGAGAGCAUCAUUAAGCAAACAACUGAAAACCACUCAACAUGCGUCUAUUUGUGACUCUUUGCACUCUGGUGGCUCUCAGUCAGGCCAAGCCCCAGGGCUACAACUAUGGAAGUGGAGUCUCUGGCUCCCUGACCACCUCCAGUGGAGGCAGCAGUGGUGGCGGUUUCUUGGCCGCCCCCAGCCACUCCUCGGUGGCUUCCUAUGGUCCGCUGGGUGCAUUCCAGACCGCCAGCGUUGGCUCCCUGGUGGGCAGUUCCUCUGCGCCCCAGGCUGUCAGCCACUAUGGCGGCCAAGGAGCCACAUACUCAACUGGCGGUGGUCAUGGAGCCACCUACUCAACUGGCGGUGGUCAUGGAGCCACCUACUCAACUGGCGGUGGUCAGGGAGGCACCUACUCAACUGGCGGUCAGGGAGCCACCUACUCGACUGGUGGUCAGGGAGCUUCCAACUAUGGCGGCUCCAGCUCCGGCAGCUCCUUUACCGGCUUUGGACCCUCGCCCAACAUUGGAUUUGGCGUUCUGGCCGGCUAUCAGGCACCCAGCUACCAGCAGCAGCAGGAGCAGGAGGUCCAGCGCGGCUUCCAGGAGCCCAUCAUCCACAACAUUCUUACCGUCGCCGCACCCGAAGAGCAUGAGAAUCUGGAGCGUUCCAAGCAUCUGGUGAUUGGACGUCCCCAGAAGAACUACCGUGUGGUCUUCAUCAAGGCCCCAUCCUCGAGCAAUGCCAAUGUCAAGCUGUCCGCCGAAUAUGCGCCCAAGGAGGAGAAGACCGUUAUCUAUGUGCUCAGCAAGAAGGACAACCAGCUGGAGGUCAACGACAUUGCCACGCCCGCACCCACGGUGCCCAGCAAGCCGGAGGUCUUCUUCAUCAAGUACAAGACCGAUGCGGAGGCCUCUCAUGCCCAGCAGCAGAUUCAGGCCGAAUACGACAGGAUCGAGGGCACCUCGGAGCACCAGGAUGGCGGAGUGGCCCCUGCUCAGUCGGUGGUUGGCAUCUUGGAUGGUGGUGCUAUUGGCGCCGCCAGCACUGGCAGCUCUCAGUUCGUUUCCGGAGGCACUGGCUCCACUGGCGGCAGCUCUCACUUCGUUUCCGGCUCCACUGGCUCCACUGGCGGCAGCUACACCUCGACUUCCGGCGGCAGCUCCGGUGGAAUCUCUGGCGGACACACCGGAGGAGCCAUUUCCGGCGGCACCAUCAUCAAGAACGCCCAGAGUGCCACCUAUCUGCCACCCACGGCAAAUAGAUGAUCACUCGCGUGAACUCGUAGCAACAAUUUUUAUGUACAGUGAUGCAAUAGUCAAUGGUU